CUUUAAAAAGGUCAUGCUACAACAAAAAGUCAUUACUUACAUUUGAGUGUAAACAGAUGGGUGGCGGGAAGUGGGGGUGGGCUUACUGUGUACUAACAGUCCUGCCCCGACUCAGAAGCCAGUUGCAUCUUUUCACCAUAAUUUGAAGACCACCAGGAACGCUGCGAGUCAAAUCUGACGGGUUCAUGACCCGACGUCUUCUAGACUUCUUUCGUCGUCUUCUUCACACCUCCUCAUCUCUGACUUCAUAAAAAAAAAAAUAAUAAAAAAAAAGACGACUUCCUCUUUCAGGCCUCCUGCUGAGGAAACACCUGCUCCCACACCCAUGGGUGGAAAGAAGAGGGGGGGUCACGCCGAAUGACCACCAUGACACCAUGGUGACACCACGAUGGUUCUUUAAAACACUAAAAAGACAUAAAAGAUUGAUCCGGAGAAAACUGUGGGGAGAAAACGAGGUUAAAGAUGGAGGUGUGGUGAGGGCUGAUGGGUAAGAUUAGUCGACUGUGACGAGCGCCGUCAUCACGUGGGUACGGCGGCGCUCAUGUAAAGCAGGCGGGUUCCUGUCAGGGCGUUUAUUCUCUGAGGAAAGACGAGGCAGCCGCUGUCAACAUCUCCAUCCAUGGGCCUGAAGAAUUCCCACCCCAAACUGUUCCCGGGGGACAUCGUGGAGUAUCCCAGGAACAAGUUCUUCUCUCAUUUUGGCGUGUACUACGGCGAGAGGGACGGCGUUCCGUACGUCGCUCACCUGACCAGUCGAGAUGCAGACACCAAGAUCCCCCUGUUUGGCCGGGCUCUGAGGUCAGAGGUCAAGCUGGAUCCUCUGGAGCUGCUGGGAACCAAGUACAGGGUCAACAACAUGAUGGACGACACCCACUCGCCCAGGGACUUCCACGGCGCCGUGAAGCCCGCCAUCGACGACAUGAUAGGCCAGGCCGUCACCUUCGACAUCCUCUUCCACAACAGCGAGCACCAGGCGACGCUCUUCAGAUACGGGGUGAAGAGGUCGGAGCAGAUAGAGAAGAUCUACAAACACGUCAUGCCCGCCUGGAAGAAGCUGUUCAUGGAGAGGAAGCUGUGAGCCGGUUCUGCCUCUAGAGGGCGCCCUCGCCUGGAUUUAAGACCUCCAAAACAUUUAUUUACUUUACUUUUUUAAGUCUUAUCCUUAAUUUUUAUUACUAUGAUGAUUCUCUUUUCUGACUUUGUGUUAUUGUAAAUCUCUCUUCUUUUUUUAAAUACAAGAUAGAAACCAAACCUUCACCAAAAUAAAA